CGCAAGGAUCCGCGAAUCAGCGUGCGACUUGGUGCAAGAGGAGUCGGCGCAGAAAUUACGUUAGUUAUUUCACACGCGACUAGGCAACGGACAGGAGUGGCGUGUAAAUAACAUAGCUGUACAGCUGUGAUCUGUACCAUCAUAUCGGGUGUGUUAAUACGCGUAAAAUGGUUAGGUUUACCGCGUCGGAGUAUGUCGACAUGAUUCUCGCGUACGGAGCCUCGGGAGAGUGCGGUAGAAGUGCGGCUCGCCUCUACGCGCAACGGUUCCCCGGACGUCGGUGGCAUCCCACCGGGUCCUCGAUCCUCAAGUGCGUUCAGCGCGCGCGUGAAACCGGAUCCGUUCAACCGGCCAAGCAGCACGACGCCGUGCCGUGGAAGCUGCACACGAGGCACGAGGAGAGGGUCAUUCGCAUGUUCGAAAAUAACCCGGAGUACAGCAUACGCCGUGUGGCGCGCCUGCUCAAUCUCCCGAAGGGCGCGGUGCACCGUAUCUGGCAGGAAUACGAGUUGGAAACCCUGCGUGCCAGGGAGGAGGCCGAGAAAGAUGUGGAGCCUUUCGAGUGUGUCUACCUCAAGGGAGAUGACGAGAACGAGUACGAGGAAGAGGACAUGGACGACAAACCGCUAAUAGAACUGUUAUCUCGCUGCAAGUGACAUUGAGAAAAAAGUGAACACGUUUUGUUACACUCGAAGUAAUGUUAAUUACUGGAUUCUCUGCAAACCGUGUGGACACACGCCGAUUCGUGGCGUCAUCAAUUGACAAUUUAUUACUUAUCGUUAUAAUCUCAAAGUAGAGCUUUGCUCAUGAUUUUAAUCCACUCUUCCUAUUCUCUUUGACCACCACACUUAUUACCAAACGCUCAUAUUCGUAUAAAUUUAAUAAUUUUACUUAUAUAUUUUGUUUGUGUAUAAGCAGUACUCAAUAUAUCCAUACAUAUUUAAUAAUGGUAUAUAUAUGUAUAAGCAACACUCAAUCCUUAUCCAUAUACACUUCAUAAUUUUGUGUGUAAAAGCAAUACGGGGAAUUAUACAUUUAUAUUGAAUCCUUGUCAAUUUAUUAUUUUAUCAAUUUGAUAACUUUGUAAUGCGACUGCGUAAGCAGUGCUGAAUGUAUAUACCUUUAUGAAUUGAAUUAAAAAUUCAAAAGAGCUUGUAAACUAAA